UGUCGUGCAAUCCCCAUUCUCAAAAGUCUCUUUAUAAGCUACCCGUGCCCUCCUAUUUCAAAGUCCACCAUAUCACCCCCAAACCCCUUGUAAUAUAGAGAGUGUUUAAAGAGAGCAAGAAGCAAGGUUUUUUCAUGUCUAGCCAAGGAUCGAGAGCUUCUAACAAAAUCCUCCUUUCGAAAUUUUGAAAUCCUCCUGGAAGUUCAUUUCGACGCGAUCUUUUUAGAUUCGGUCUCUCCUUCGUCGAAAACGACCUCAAUCAAUGUAUCUCUUUGAUGCUGAGUUUCUCACCUAAUCGGUUGUGAAUUUAAAAGAUCUGAUUUUUGGAUAAUUGUCAUUGCUCGUUAAUGUGGUGGAUUUCUCUGGCUAUUCAGCUUUGCAAAGAGUAUCAAUUUUAAUUGAGGGUUGUCAUUUUCCUUAUUGACUGCUUAGUUUUGCAUAUCAUUAUAAUGAAGAAGAAAGGAAACGUUCCCGGUGCUUGGAUUGUAUAAUCGUGAGAUCAUGUUGGAGGGCCCAUCAUAUCUUGUCACGAGGGAUUUGCCAAGCUCCUGUGAGCAAGAGAGCAAGUGGAUUUAUAAUACUUUUUGUGUAAUUGAGCUCUCAAGAAGCAAGCGCUAGAUGGAAGAUGGUGAAGACCAGAGGGCAAGAAAAGUUCUUAAGCCACUCAAAGGUGAUGAGAACAAGGAUACAGAGGACAAUAUGUCACUUGCCCAAAUUGACCAAACAGAUAACCACCACCAUGAUGGUGAUUAUUCAGAAUCAAGUUUACUGAUCCACCAGCUUGGGCGAGACAUCUCAAUUUACUGUCUCCUCCGCUGCUCAAGGUCUGAUUAUGGUGCCAUUGCAUCUUUGAAUGCAGGUUUCCGCUCUGUUAUACGGAGUGGUGAGCUGUACAGGUUGAGGCGGGCAAUGGGAAUUGUUGAACAUUGGGUUUACUUCUCUUGCAACCUUCUGGAGUGGGAGGCUUUUGAUCCAAUCCAUCAUCGAUGGAUGCAUUUGCCCAGAAUGACCUCCAAUGGAUGUUUCAUGUGUUCGGAUAAGGAGUCAUUGGCCGUUGGGACCGAAAUUCUUGUUUUUGGAAAGGAAAUAACAUCCCAUGUUAUUUAUAGAUAUAGCAUUUUGACAAACACGUGGUCAUCUGGGAUGAAGAUGAAUACUCCCAGGUGCUUGUUUGGAUCUGCCAGUCUGGGUGAAAUUGCAAUUCUAGCUGGUGGUUGUGAUCCACAUGGAGAGACUUUGAGCGCAGCAGAGCUUUAUAAUUCAGAAACUGGCAAGUGGGUGACCAUUCCAAGCAUGAUUAAAGCAAGAAAAAUGUGUUCUGCCGUGUUUAUGGAAGAGAAGUUUUAUGUUAUUGGUGGAAUUGGGGUUGGGAGUUCAAAAACACUGACAUGUGGAGAGGUGUAUGAUUUGAAGACGAAGAUGUGGAGUGAGAUACCUAAUAUGUUCCCUGCACGAAAUGGGGGGGCUGGAGCAACUGAAGCACCUGCUGCUGCUGAGGCACUGGCAGUUGUAAAUAAUGAGCUGUAUGCAGCUGAUUAUGCACAACAAGAAGUGAGGAAAUAUGACAAAGACAAGAACUUGUGGGUCACACUAGGGCAAUUACCCAAGCGAGCAGUCUCAAUGAAUGGCUGGGGGUUAGCAUUUAGGGCAUGUGGGAAUCAACUAAUUGUUAUUGGUGGACAUAGGGCUUUAGCUGAAGGGAUGAUCGAGCUAAACUCUUGGGUUCCAAAUGGGGGUCCACCACAAUGGAACUUGCUCGAGAGAAAGUCCUCUGGCAGUUUUGUGUAUAACUGUGCCGUUAUGGGAUGCUGAAAUGUGCAUCCAGUUUUGGUCGCACUGUGUCGCUGUAUGAAGUCCUUUUCUACUGGAACUUACAGCUGUGGCCUUCAAGGAGAAAGGAUUCUGGAGAGUGGGUAAUCUCUGCGUUCCUUUUGGGGAAAGUUCAUGUUUUAAUUUAGAUCAAUAGAUACAGUCAUAGGAGGAAGUCUGGAGAUUUCUUGGCCUUUUUAGUUUUAUCAUGUUUCAUUGAUUUGUGUGUUUUUUUUUUUUUUUGUCUUGCCUAUUCUCUUUUUCCUUUUGUUGGGUCAGAGAGUCGUUUUUUUAUUUGGUUACUAUCAGGGUUUUGUCAAAGGUUGGUGUCAUGUAGAACAUGCACAGUUCAAUAAUUUCAGGACCCAGUACAUUAGGUUGUUUACAAUAUUCACAGAGUUUCUUUCACCAAAUGUCAAUUUUCUCAUGUUGAUCAAUUACUUAGAUAAUAUGUUAAAACAUAUAAAUAAUGGCCUGCUGUCUCCAUACCACCACCCUCAAAGCACC